AUGUACAUGUAUCGGCUUGCACUUGUUUCACCCACAAUUCAUGAAAAUGAUGAUGAUGAUAACGGUGGUUCAGUAAUAUUAACAAAUCCUGAAAAUGAUCAAGAAUUAAAAUUACCAUUAUUACCAAAUAAAGGAAAUGGGAUUAAACUUUCGGUUACAAUAUGUGAUGAAAUUAUAAUGGCAUAUGAUUGUGGUAAAGAAUCAUCGAAAUGGAUAUCUGAUUAUUUAGGUUUUGAAUCAAAAAUUGUACACAAAUCAAUUGAAGAUUUAAGAAUAAUUGAAAAAAAUCUUCCUCCAAAAAAUGAGCUUUUGAAACAACCAGAGACAGCAUUUUCAGAUGGUUAUCCAUUUUUAAUUAUAAGUGAAGAAUCUCUAUCAGAUCUUAAUAAUAGAUUAUCAUUACCAGUUACUUUUCGUAAUUUUAGACCAAAUAUUGUGAUAAAAGGAUGUAAUAAACCUUUUGAAGAAGAUACAUGGAAAAAAAUCAUUAUGGGAGAAGAUGCAGAUGACAAUUUAUUUUUUGUAGUUGCUAGAAGUACUCGUUGUGUCAUGACCACAGUUAAUCCUGAAACUGGUAUAAAAGAAGGAUUGGACCCUUUAAAGACUUUACAAUCUUAUCGUAGAGUUGAUCCAGGUGCAAAGUAUAAGGCUUGUUUCGGAAUGACCCUUAAUGUUGGUGAUCAGAUUAAGGUAAUUGCAACAGGAGAACAUAUUCGUGAAAAAUAA